UGCACUUCCCGCCGUGACGACGGUCGAGUUCCAGUUUCGGUCGCUGCUUCCGUCUCUCGUUUGGUUCCCGAAGCGAUCCUACGCACGCCGUCGCCCACCAUGAUAGUCAGGGACCUCAAGCGCGUCGCCUUCUUCCUAGGGCCGCUUCUGGUCCUCCUGCUGCUGAGCGCAAGCCUUUGGCGCUCGCACCCGGAGUACCUGCGCUCACACGUCGGCGCGCUGCUCGGCGACAACCCGGAUCCCGCCCGCCGCCCACACCGCAAGCCAACGUCCACGCCGAACGGGACGCAUACCGAGAUCUACUCUCUAUCGCGAUCGGACGGGAAGUACUUCGAGAUCCGCUUCGGCAGGGACGUCUACAACCCCAACAUCAUCCCGCACCAGAAGUUCAACAACUCGUGGUAUAUCGUGGGCCAACUGUGGAACGACCCCCAUAACAAUGGCCUGGACAAGAGUUUCAGCGAGGCCGGAUGCGUGGCGCAGUUCAUCAACGGCGUGCUGAUGUGCAUCGACUACAUCAGGGGCCUCUCAAUCCAGCCGACGCCUGGCGGGAAGUGCGAGGGCGACAUCUCGUACUUCUCUCUCAACGUCGGGCCGCACGAUGCGCGCGUCUUCUUCGGGCCGCAGAACCCCUUCACCAUCUACGGGUCCAACAGCGGCUUCACCUGCUUCGGGCAGUGGAUACAAGACUUCCGGCAGCUGGUCGACUGGGAGUACGAGCUGAUGACCAACACCGACUUCAAAGUGGGGACCGAGAUCCAGCGGCCGGCGCCGUAUUUCGCCGUCGAGAAGAACUACUUCCUCUUCUGGGACGAACACGACGAGAUGCACGUGCACUACGACAUGUACCCGAAGCGCGGGUUCUCGAAGCUGGAGCGCGACGGCAAAGCCGGGGCGGACCUGGCGCCGGCGGCGGCGGAGCAGGACCAGAAGUGCAUGCAGCGCUUCCUCCCCAAGCUGCCGCCCAAGCUCGAGUCGAUCCACCAGGCGACCAACUCGCUCAAGCUCACGCUGUGCGAGCGCGCCGACAAGGGCUGCAAGCCCAACGACGCCAACACGUUCAUCCUGACCAUCAUCCAGCACAAGACCUACUACGACUGGCACAGCGAGUACGAGCCGUACGUCGUGCUCUUCCGCCAGCGCGCGCCCUUCGAGCUGUACGCCAUCUCCAAGCGGCCGCUCUGGGUCCACGGCCGCCGCCGCCACGAGGGCCGGCGCACGGAUAUGUUCUAUGUCACGUCCGUCAACUGGAUGGACCGCGGCGUCAAGUACCACGGCUUCCUCGACGACGUGGCCGUGUUGGGGUUCGGCAUUGAGGACCAGUUCUCCGGCGGCAUCGACGUGCUGGCGAAGGACCUGCUCGUGGAUAUGGGUUUCUGCGACGAGGAAUGAACGUCGUCAGCUGGCGGGCCAAUUCGGGGGGAAAGACUCAUACUGUAGGGUCACUGGAAUGAGUGAUGCAGGAG